GGUGAAUGAAGUUUUUAUUAGUUCAGAAGGCUGAAAUACCUGGAACUGGGCGGACAUAACUAGAUGAACAUGGGCAUCCCUCAAUAUAUUUUAGCUUUACUGGUGUUUGGUAUGGUAUUAGUGACCGUGACGACAAAACAGGCCAUAUGGAUAAACGAUAAUCACCAGAAUUUCAACUUCGAAUGUCCUGUGGGUGAAAGUAUAGUUUACUUUUAUGGUUGGAUUAUUACCAGUGCAAAUGACAGACUCUGGCACUUUCACUGUGCACCUAGAUCAUCUAUAGGCUCCUGCUCUUGGUCGGGAUAUUCUUCCGCUGCAUCAGACACGACCUACAAGUGUUCAGGGAAUGGUGCUCUUGCUGGAAUCAGAAGUUACUACGUUACCAGCGAUGGGGAUAGAAGAUUUUCUUACCGGUGCUGUUCAGUAAGCUUAUCGUCACCUUCUUGUGUUGACAGUGGUUACGUGAAUUCUAUCGAUGGUCAAGUAGAAUAUGGCGUUCCAGGCCACGAAUAUAUCAAUGGCAUGUCAUCCACAUUUGAUUCCACCGCAAAAGAUCGACGUUUUAAAGUGCAUGAAUGCAGGUUUCGUUAUUAAACUACACAGAUGCGUUGGUGAUCACAUGAUUACAAUAUUAACAUAAAUAAUGAAAUUAGAAAAUA